UAUAAAUGCAAGGAACUAAUAAAGAUGCUUUAAAACGAAGAUUACGGCACAAUCUAGCCAAUAAUUUGAAGCUUCGUGGAGCAGCCACUCGGAAUACUAACAGAAAUUUGUCCCAUCAAGUCCGACAAAAUGAUAUGAGCUCAAAUGGGCGGGAUUCUAGUGUGAGGAACCCGAAAUUUUACAGGAACAGUAGAGUCAAUCUAGACAAUAAUUCUUCUAUCAACUCGGUCCAGAGAAGUAGAAAUAGUAAAGCUAUUUAUAAUAUUAAUCUAACUACAGUAUAAACAUCUUUGAUAAGUCAGGGAUGAAAUCACCAGAAGUCAUGAGCAAUAAUAGCAGUAUAGUGUCCCCUCCUUCUCGCUUCGCUAAACCACCUACUCGGAUGAAGAAGAAGAAAUUAAUAAUGCGAGGAGAUUAUAAUAAGAUGAAUAGUAACAGAACUAUUCAGCUGAGCAAUGUAGGAGCCAACAGAUCAGUGUCUCCCUUCGUGGGCUCCUCUAUUUCUGGUGUUUCACCAACAAAAGCUGUUGAUACUAAGCUUAUUCGACAACUUGGGAAGAAUAAUAAAAUAUUUUUAAAGUCAGAUCCAACAUCUUCUAUCAAGAGCCCAAGUAAUUACUCCCGUACAUCGAUGUUCAGGAAAAUGUACUCUCCUACCAAGAACCCCAUUUACGAUUAUAACAAAGAAAUGUGUGAGAAGGAUGAGGAUUUUGACAAUAUCUAUUCAACAGAAAUGGAAUUCAGGAAGGACUUUGGUCAUCUCCUUCAUCCUGAAAACCCAGAAGAGAUAAAACUCCGUGAAAAUUUAAUAUGAAAAAUAAAGAAGAUUUGUGAUGAAUAUGAACUCUCUGAUGACACCUUCUUCAGGACAAUCUUCAUCUAUGAUUUCCACAGGAGAGUGGUUCAGUCUAAAUGGGAAGAUAACUGUGUCCUCGAGAAUAAACCCCUUAGUGACCUUUUUAUCUUUGGUGAAGGCGCCACUGGAGAAAAGAAAUUAAUGCAAUAUGAAAAAUUCUUCGAUAUGCUGUCCUGUCUUACUAUUUCUAUUAAGUAUUAUGAACAUGAGCGAGAAUCUCCAGGAGUCAGGCAUAUUCUCAAGUUCUUCCGAAUUGAGAAAUUAGUUGUCAAAAUUAAGACAGAUGAGCCUGAGAUUAAGAAAAUGACAGACCUAUCAGAGCUCAUAUUUGACAUUAUUUAUGAGUAUAUCUGAGAAAAACAAACAGAGAUUUUAUUCAUGAUUAAUUGGAAAAUGCAGAUUAUCAAUCCGAAACAUUUUAUUAAUCAUUUUGUCAGGAUUUUACCUAGUUUGAAAACACUGCAAACUAUUGCUUCUCGGCAGAACAAGGUUGUUAAGACAGAGGAAUCAAAGGAAAAUAAUCGUACUGAGAGUACUAUUCAUCCGUCGAAGGACCUAGAAUAUUCUCAUAAGAUAUUGAAGGAAGAGAUAGAGGACUGAAUAGACUCUGUUGCUAAGCUCUCUCCUCUUGUACCUUGAUAUAUUGAGUAUAACUGUGCUGAGGUAGCUUCAGCUGCCUUAAUGAUUUCAAUUAAACACUCUGUCAAAACAAUACUCAAUGAGGGGGAUGCUCAGAGAGAAGAUGUGAAUAAGCUCAAAGCACUCUACUCCAGAUGGACUGCAAGUCUAUUCAAACACUACUGUAUCAGCAAGAGUCGGAUAAGCGAAUUCUGAGAAUACCUAGACGACUUUCUGAAUAAAGUCUGUGAGUAGCUAUUUUCUAUUUUCACGUUCAUUAAAACCAGUGAGAGCCAAAUAGCUUUAAACCAUUUAAUGAAUAUCUAAUAUAUUGAC